CUGAUACGCCACCUACUGCAAACCCGAGCUGACAGUCGGAGCAAUGCUAGCAGCAUUUCCACUCCAACAUCGUGCCGGAGCUGAAUAAAGGUGCUUUUUAAAACCAAAAAAUCUCUUUGCAAGCUGACAAGAACAAAGCAAGAUAGCUGGCUUUUUGUCCUUGCUUCAAUAAUGGAGAGAAAAAUAAACAGAAGAGAAAAGGAAUGCGAAGAAAAACACAGCAACUCCGAAGGCUCAGAGCAAGACAAGGAAUAUAAAACAUCUCUGAUUACUCUGAACGUUGGUGGCUAUCUAUAUAUCACACAAAAACAGACACUAACCAAGUAUCCAGAUUCUUUUCUUGAAGGGAUCAUAAACGGAAAAAUAAUGUGCCCGUUUGAUGCAGACGGUCAUUACUUCAUCGACAGAGAUGGACUCCUUUUCAGACACAUUCUCAACUUCCUACGAAAUGGAGAACUUCUUCUACCAGAAGGAUUUCGAGAAAAUCAACUUCUGGCACAAGAAGCAGAUUUUUUCCAGCUUAAGGUACUCUCGGAUGCAGUGAAAUCGAGGUGGGAGAAGGAACAGCUAGCAUCUCGAGAGACUACUUUCCUGGAAAUAACUGACAGCCACGACCGUUCACAAGGACUUAGAAUCUUUUGUAAUGCUCCUGAUUUCAUUGCAAAAAUAAAAUCCAGAAUUGUAUUGGUGUCCAAAAGCAGGCUGGAUGGAUUUCCGGAGGAGUUUUCAGUAUCUUCAAAUAUUAUUCAAUUCAAGUACUUCAUAAAGUCUGAAAAUGGUACACGACUGGUACUGAAGGAGGACAACACCUUUGUCUGCACCCUGGAAACUCUUAAGUUUGAGGCUAUAAUGAUGGCUUUGAAAUGUGGAUUUAGACUGCUGACCAGUCUGGAUUGCACGAAAGGGUCAAUUGUUCACAGUGAUGCACUUCAUUUUAUCAAGUAAUCACAAAAGGCAAAGGAAACAAGCAUGCAGCCAGAAAAGCUCCUUGACCUGCAGCCUCCUGGCAUCACAAAUAACGUAUCGAACUAGCCUCCUACCACAGAGCUCGGCUGCUAAUCAAUUGAUGUGAGCUAAUGGUAUGUAAAUCUCAUAAUGACAUCCAUCUCUGACUGACUUAAGCCGAAUGAAAAUUUUAUGCCUGAAUUUAAUAAAAAUUAUCUGCUAAACAUUGUAAACACAGGUCAAAUGCUUUAUGCUCUUUGUAAUAUAUGUUUUCUCGAUGCUGUCUUUCAACCAGAGAGUGUAGCUGAAUUUUUGUGUACUUGUAUGACUAACGUGCAUACCCCUAACUGCCCUCCUGAAGAGCAGGGAGACUAUUUUCAUAUAACAAGCAGGCUUAAAAUAUGUUUUGCUUAUAACAAAUUCAGAAUGGAUUUUAACUGGAAUAAAUGAUUUUGAAUGUUCAGUAGUGUUUAUGUUAAUCUAUUGUACUGAAUUUGCAAAAAAAAAAAAAAAAAAAAGGAUUGCAAGGGAGUUUUAAAUUAAUCAACUUGAUUUUAAAGUGAAAUGAUUUCUUGACUCACUUAAACCCAAAUUUACAGCUGUGUUACUACAGUAACAACAAUUGGCAAAACCACAUAAACCAACAAAAUAAUGUUGGGGGAGAUGAGAUCUAUUAUGGGAAAUGAGUUGAAUCUGCACAGAAUGUUAAAAUUUCUAAUUAUAUAUACAUAUCAAAUGGCUAAUAAAAAUAUUUGACAAAGUUUCAUGUAACAGGUUUCCAGUAAUGACAUCCUACAAUGCUAAAGUCACUGUUUCCUAGUAAUAAUUUGUGCUCGUAAGGACAGGCAAUUAACAGAGCCCUUGCUUUGCACAAUGGCUCACUAAAAGCAGCUAGUACUAUUGGUUUUGAAUAGACCACCUGCUGGCAUUUAAAAUGCAUCACUCUUAAGUAAUACAACAAAUACCUUCUUUCUCCUCGUCUCCACUAUUUAUCCGAUCUUUUCAUUUAUAUUUUAAAGAAAGUUUUAAUAGCUUCUAUGGAACAACUGUAGCUAAUUUAACCACAAGCAUUACAAACCAGUCACUCCGCAAAAGCGGACUAAAAAAAAUUCAUCGCAAAAGGCAAAAAGAAGCUGCACUAACUCUAAGUUUAAGCUUCGUCCAUCCUUGAACCCAACCAUCAUUCACAGCUCAAACGAACCCCAAAUUCAAGUCAAAUGCUACUAAAGAAUGAAAAAAAACAACCAUGUAGUUUCUCAACUUCCCCAAAACAUCAAUGUUGUACAGGAAAAAAAAAAAAUACUAAGAAUGUCAACAAAAUGCAAUACAAUCCAUACUAGAAGUGACAACUGAGGAAAACAGCUAACACAAGACAGGCUGAGAACAGCUUUCUAUCAGAUUUUAGAGGGAAAAAAAUCCACCCUUAGUAGUACUGAGAUGUACUUCUCAGACAUACAAGCUGAAGAACUGUUCAUGUAUACCAAAACUUCUCCGAGUUUGUCCAAACACAUUAACUAUCUACAAACAAAAGAUACAUAGUAAAAUACAAUUCUUUACACACUUCUUUUACACUCCUAGGCCAUCCCAGCUAGAAUUCCAACACUGUGCGUCAUCCUCCCUCCUUCACCCCCCCCCCCAGUUAUUUUCAAAUAUCUUCAAAAAAAAUCCUCAUUAACCACUAAUCUUGUACAUACAAGAACCUCUAACACUUCUGUGAAAAGUAAAUUUGAAAGCUCCCCUAAAAGAAAUCCAAAAUCCUGCUGAUCUUCUAGGCCAAGAAUUAGAAACACCAUCACACAGAACAAUGACAUAAAAAGCCCUUUGUGGACACAAUUCUCUACACGAGCAAGAGAAAGCGACAAGACAAUCUAGAAAAGCUCCAUAACUAAUCUACAAGUUUUGAAGACGCAUGCUCUGAGUGCUGUCAAAUACACAGCCUGCAUAAGCACAAAGUCUGGAGGAGGCUGUUGCUCCUAGGAUGUCAAAUCAUCCAUUUUCACUUAAACGCUUUUGGUUAUAACCUUCGCUUGUAAUGGAACUUUGACUGAUAUUUAAAGUGUCACUGCAGUUGAAAAGAAAAAAAAGAAAAACAGCAAAAAUCAAAUUCGAUUUCAAACAAUUAAUAUAUGGUAAUUAAAAUCUAUUGUGGUUGCUUGCCUUUCAGUUGGGCUCUUAGGAUGCCAAACAUCAAGGAAUCGUUAGCACUUCAGAAAGCAGUACCAGUUUUAAAUCGUAGCAUGACUUCCCUCAUGAAAAAGCAGUAGAGAAUUUAAUGGCUCUGCAUUUAUUGUAGAAAAUACUUUUGGAAUACAAGCUAUUAACAAGCUGGCAGUCACAGGUAAAAUUCAAACCAUCUGAAAUAUCUUCUAAGAAUAUUCUAUAGCUGUUCUUAAAAGAUUUACUGGGAAGGUUUUAUUUGCCAGCCAUUUGGUUCAGAGUACCUACUUUCCUCUUAACCUAUGAAAAAGAGCACUUAAAAAAAAAAAAGAGCUUCAAGUGAAAAAUGUACAUCUCUAAUCACUAGUAAAAAUAAAUUCCUGUGUUGUUGUUUGGUUUUUUUUAAAUUUAAAACUCAAUGAUUCAUUAUGUUACACACUU